GUCUUCGGCCUCGACUGCGAGAUGGUGAAGACGACGCGGGGCUCCGAGUGCGCGCGGUGCACCGUCGUCGACGGAGCGACGGGCGCCACAGUCCUCGACGAGCUCGUCGCGCCCGGCGCGCCCGUCGUCGACUACUGCACGCAGUGGAGCGGCAUCGACGCCAAGACAUUAAAGCACGUCGCGACGACGCUCGACGACGUCCGCGGCGCUUUACUUCGCGAGGUCCGGCCCACGGACGUGCUCGUCGGCCACGGCCUCGACAACGACCUCCGGUGCCUGCGCCUCGCGCACGGCGCCUGCGCGGACACGGCGCUCCUCUUCGGCCACCCGCGGGGGCCGGGCUACAAGCGGUCCCUGAAGCACCUCUGCAAGGAGUUCCUGGGCCGCGACGUCCAG